AUGUUCCCCCAAGUUGGCCUGGAAGCGUUGAGUGGGAUCUGCGGAUCCAUCUCAAUCGCUUGCUGGGUCGUCGUUUUUUCUCCGCAAAUCAUUGAAAAUUUCCGCCGUGGCUCGGCCGAGGGUCUCUCCCUUGUUUUCCUCGUCAUCUGGCUGGCUGGUGAUAUAUUCAAUAUCCUGGGAUCCGUCUUGCAAGGCGUCUUGCCGACUAUGACCAUCCUUGCUGUAUACUACACACUCGCCGACAUCGUGCUUUUAGGCCAAUGUUUCUACUAUCGGGGUUUUACGCUGCGAGACGAAGUGUCUGUUCCUGCGACUCCCACACAUCAGGAUGUAGAAGACAAUGCCGCCAAAUCAACAGAGCGAACUUCCCUUUUGUCCCCAAAGCAAGAUGGCCAUUCCCACCAGAGCUACGCCCAGGACCAGUCCUGGAAUGGCCAGCCGACAUCUACCUCGUCAUCUCACCCACCGGGCCAUAGAAGACAUUCGGGAGCAUCAAUUCGUGAUAUACUCCACUCGUCCGUAGACGGAACACACUUGUCGCCUGCAACACCUUUUGUUGACACAACCACCAAGGAAACCCGGCCUACAGCAAGAAUAUCUACCGUUCAAGCCGUCAUUUUCAAUACGUCCGCCAUUGUGCUCGUGUGCAUUGCUGGUUUUCUGGGCUGGUACGUCAGUCAAUCAAAAGGCAGGCAUCAACCCGACAAUAGUGACGACACUGGCGUCGAAUUUAGCGCCCCGGGCCAAAUAUUCGGCUAUCUCUGCGCCGUCCUUUACCUUGGCUCUCGUUUGCCCCAAAUUCUUCUCAAUUUCCGACGCAAGUCCACAGAGGGGGUCUCGUUGCUGUUUUUCAUCUUUGCAUGUCUCGGGAACCUGACUUACGUCUUCUCUAUUCUGGCUUACACGCCUGCAUGCGAAGGUGACUUGCACAAGAAGCAUGCGGGACACUGCCAGCUUGGAGAAGCGGCGGCACUAUAUGGGAAAUAUAUCCUUGUGAAUCUAUCCUGGUUGAUUGGGAGCUUUGGGACGCUGCUACUUGACAUGGUGAUUUUUGUACAGUUCUUCUUGUACAAGGAUAAUGGGAGUGCAAUUGCCAGCUAG